CCCGCCCGCGGACCGAUGCUGCCGGCGGCCGCUCGCCCCCUGUGGGCGCCCCGUCUGGGGCUGCGGGGCGCCGCGCUCCUCCUGGCCAGGCGACAGGUGCCGCGUGUCUGCGCCGUGCGGCUGGUGAGGUGCGGCAGCCCCCGCAGGGGCGAGGCCCUGGCCGGCGCGCCCCUGGAUAACGCCCCCAAGGAGUAUCCCCCCAAGAUCCAGCAGCUGGUCCAGGACAUCGCCAGCCUCACGCUGCUGGAGAUCUCGGACCUCAACGAGCUCCUGAAGAAAACGCUGAAGAUCCAGGAUGCUGGGCUGGUGCCAAUGGGGGGCAUGCUGCCUGGUGCUGUCCCUGCAGCGGCAGCGCCUGCCGAGGCGGCAGAAGAGGAGGACGUCCCCAGACAGAAGGAGCGCACGCACUUCACCGUGCGCCUGACUGAGGCCAAGCCCGUGGACAAGGUGAAGCUGAUCAAGGAGAUCAAGAACUACAUCCAGGGCAUAAACCUGGUCCAGGCGAAGAAGCUGGUGGAGUCCCUGCCCCAGGAAAUCAAGGCCAAUGUGGCCAAGGCUGAGGCGGAGAAGAUCAAGGCGGCGCUGGAGGCCGUAGGCGGCACGGUGGUGCUGGAGUAGGCCGCUGACUCCGGACGGGUCCUGGGCCUGCGCCUACCCAGCAGCCAGGCUCAGCAGACGGGGCGCUCUGGAACCAGAACCACGCCUGUGGCCUACUGAUGACCAGCUGCACAGAUGGACAGAGGGGCGAUCUUCUGAGACGGGGAGGGCAGCGGCGCCAGGGUGAGAGAACUCUGGGCCUCUGGCCGGCGCGCCCCGGCCACUGCACCCUGGGCCGGUGCCAAGACAAACACUGUUGGGCGCUGAGUGCCGGACCUGGCUGCGACGCUCACUCGGCGCCGCCCCCAGUGGCUGCACAGGGGUCCUCCGCGGCACCUGUGGGAUUGUUGUGGCACGUUCGCGGUCUCUGAAGUAACACGACCCGCAGCACCGCCUGACCGGCGCUGUGCUCCCAGCAACCGUGGCCUCCUUCUGUUUCUUCUGAGCCAGGGAGAGGUGGGAAACCCCCCUUGGCCGGAUCCCCCCAAGGCUUUCAGGUCCUGCAGGAGGGCAAGAGGCCACAGGGUGGUUGAGGCCUUUGCUGGGGAGGAUGGCCACAGGGGAGCCGGUGUUUUACAGCAGGCCUGGCCUGCCUCUGUCAGGCGUCCCCACACUACUCUGGGGUUUCCCGGAAGUGCUCCCACAGGCUGGCCGUGCAGCCGCACCGCCCCAUGGUUAAUGAUUUGCCAAUGCAGACCUGGGCAGAGGUACCUGCCGGGCUGCUGGGGCUGGGUGUGGCUGGGCCCACCGCCAGGACCUGGAGUGUCAACUUCCACUUGGAACCCCUUCACACACCCAGGCUGCAGCAGUGACUGGACCAUCCUGCCUGGAGGAGGGAUGCUGCACCUGGGGCAGCCUGAGGCCCACCUCUGCCCCAGGCAGGUGCUGGGUGGGGUACCCCAGCAGACCUCGCAGUUAGAGUCGGUCGAGAGGGCCUCUGGAGACCAGGGACCCACCUGCUGGGGAAGCUUUUCCACUCCAGCCUGU